UCUGUUACGCUGGUGUAAAUCUGGAGUAACUCCAGUGACUUCAGUAAAGUUGCAUUGGAUUUGCAUUAGGGUAGUGGAGACCAGAAUGUAACCCAUUGUAUUUAAGAAACUUUCUCCAUUUAUUUAAUGAACUUCUGGGCCAACUUUUCUUGUGGAGACUUUUUCUCUGAGUCAGAAAAGCAAAACCCAGUCAUUUAUUCUGAAUCUUCUAUUCCUUAAUGUUCAUGAGGUGCUCAGCUACCACAGUGAUGGAGCAAUAUUAUUACCAAGUUAAAUAAGUUAUAUGUACAUAGCCACUCCCCUGCAGAAAUGUUUAGUGUAUUUAAAUAAACAGAGAGGUUUUUCACCAUAAUAUUUAAAAAAGUAGGUAGGGAAGAUAUACAGCAGAACCCUCUGAAAGUGAAAAUUAUUUUCACAGUACAACUAGAUGUGGGUCCAUUGUUGGAAUCUGCAAUUAGGAAAACUUCCUACUGUACUCAGUAGGGUCCUGGUGUACUGUUGCCCUGCUCCCUUACACCAGAGAAAGUGAGGUUAAAAUGCUAUCAAACCAGAAUGUGGAGGGCAAUGGGGAAUUAGGCCCUAGGUUUUUGCUAGCAUUAGGAUUUCAGGAUUGUUAGUAGGAGGCUCACUAUCCUUGGAAUUGCGGUUGAUACUCUGAAGUUGUACCAAACAAUUCAAGACUUUAAUUCUACUUCUUUACAAAAAGUGUCACUCUAUAAAAAGUCAGCGUAGGCAGGUUCCACAGUAUUUCACAACCCAGGACAGGAUACACAGUAAGAAGUGUGUGUGUGUGUGUGUGUGUGUGUUAUUUGCACUGAUUGGGCCAAAUUGUGUCCUUGUUUAAAUAGCUUCUGUUUGAGUCAGUGGAAUCUGAAAUCUUUUCUUUAAGAGAGAAUUUGAAUAAAGAAAAUCACUUUUUUCUCUACUCCUGAAAAAAUGAAAAACACCCAUACUUCAAUAACCAGGCCUAACUGAGGGUUCUGUUACCUUACAGUGCAGCAUACAAAAAAAGCAACUAUUUGCUUUAAAUGAUUAAACUGACUUAAUUCCAACAAAAGGUUAAUGAACACACCCACACACUGAUCUUCUGGUAACACUAAAUUCAUGAAACCAUCAUUAGAAAGUGGAAACUUGGCUGUCCCGUCACCAGUCCCAGUUAUUGUGAUAGGCACAGCUUCGUAUCUUAGUGUGAUCCCAGCUCUACCCUAGCUUCUUUAUGGUCUCUGCCAAACUUUUAGCAACAAACACUGUACCCUGGGAGCAGGAAUGCAACACCUCUAGACACAUCUGUUGAGGAAAGAAAACAUUGUUUGUAAUUCUACUAUCCUUAGUCCCUCCCCCCUCCCCCCAUUUCUUCUCUCAUCCACUCCUCUAAAAUUCACACUGUGACUUGCUGCUGUUCAAUGUAGAAGCAAGUGGUGGCCCUGCAGCUGCUAUUUGAAUGUGUAGCUGGAGCUCUCUCCCUCCUUCUCCCCCUCAAUGAAUGGCGUCAGAGCAUGCUGCAACACUGCCCUGAACUUGUUCUAUCCAGUUUACUCAGCCAGCUUUUUCCUAGAGAUACAUUCCUGUGGCUGCCUGAAACUUUACAGGAGAGAAACCUUCUUGAGCUUUUUAAUUUUACUUCAAUCAGUGAACAAAGCUACAAGAGACAGUAAAGAGGAAACUGGAAGGAGCGCGUUCACCCCUCAAUGGAGAGCAGCAGAAUGGUGUCUGUGAUGGUAGUUUCUCUCCAACCAGCAAGCGGAUACGGAAGGAUGUACCAGGAAUCGAUACAAUCAAUAGCUUGCCCAAUAACUUGCCUUUGCCUUCUGUUUCUCCUCUUCACCAGCUUGACAUGAAGCCUUCCUUACCCCUGCAGAAGAGUGGAACUCAUGCUAGUGGGCUGGAAGACUUGGGUAAAAAUGGUGGACUUCCAGAGAUAAAGCUCCCCGUUAAUGGUUGCAGUGAGCUUGAGGACAGUUUUAACAUCCUGCAAAACAAGGAGCUAAAACAAGAACCUUUGGAUGACCCCACCUGCAUAGACACUUCUGAAACAUCCCUUUCGAAUCAAAACAAAUUAUUCUCAGACAUUAAUCUGAAUGAUCAAGAGUGGCAGGAGUUAAUAGAUGAGCUAGCCAACACUGUACCAGAAGAUGACAUACAAGAUUUGUUCAAUGAAGACUUUGAAGAGAAGAAGGAACCAGAAUUUCCCAGGCCUGCCGCUGAGACUCAAGAAAGUGCAAGCGUUAAGAGCGAUCCAUCUCAUUCUCCAUUUGCUCACGUACCAAUGGGGUCUCCCCAGGUGAGGCCUUCUUCUUCAGGCCCUCCAUUUUCAAAUGUCUCCACAGCUUCUAGUAUAACUUCUGUAUCCAGUGCUCCACCAGCUCCAAUCUCUGCCAGCUCACCAGCAAAUUGUGUUGUUCAAUCACCUCAAACUCCCAAUCAAGCCCAUACUCCAGGUCAAACUCAGUCACGACCUGGAAAUGGUUAUCUUAUUAAUCCAGGAGCAGUGACUGUUGCAGGUUCAGGGCCUGGGCCUGUGGCUAUAUCCAGUGCUGACUUGUCUCCGGCUGAACAGCUCAAGCAAAUGGCAGCACAGCAACAACAAAGAGCUAAACUCAUGCAGCAAAAGCAGCAGCAGCAUCCAAAUCAAGCAUCAAGCUGGUCACCUGUGGGACCUCCAUCUAGUCCGUAUGGAGGACCCUUCAGUUCAGACAAACCAAAUAGUCCAAUGAUGUAUCCCCAAGCCUUUAACAACCAAAAUCCUAUAGUGCCUCCUAUGGCAAGUAAUCCACAGAAGACCACAAUUAAUAACUACCUCCCUCAAAAUCACAUGAAUAUGAUCAAUCAACAGACAAAUAAUUUGGGUACAAACUCUUUAAGCAAGCAGCCCAACAUGCUUACUUAUGGCAACACUAAACCUCUGACUCAUUUUAAUGCUGAAUUGAGUCAGAGAAUGACCCCACCAAUGGCCAAUCCCAGCAAGAACCCCAUGAUGCCAUACAUACAGCAGCAACAGUCCCAGCAGCCACAGAUGCAAGCUCAGCUGACACACCUGAGUGAGGAACAGAAACGAAUGCUUAUUAUGAAGCAGAAAGGAAUGAUGAAUCAACCAAUGGCAUAUGCAACACUUCCCUCCCUUGGCCAGGAACAGCAUCCGGUGGGACUUUCUCGGACCACAGGCCCUAUGCAGCCUUCUGUCCCACCAGGCUCCAGCAACGUGGUCACGGGUGCAAACCCAGGAGGUCCCAGUUUCCUGGGAAAUCAGCCACAAGCAGCCAUCAUGAAGCAGAUGCUGAUUGAGCAAAGGGCCCAGCUCCAUGUGAUGGAGCAACAGAAGCAACAGUUUCUAAGGGAGCAAAGGCAGCAGCAGCAGAUCCUGGCAGAGCAGCAGUUGCAGCAGCAGUCACAUUUGCCUCGGCAACAUCUCCAGCAGCAGCGGAACUCGUAUCCAGUGCAACAAGUCAGUCAGUUCCAAGGUUCUCCCCAGGAUAUAGCAGCAGUGAGAAACCAAGCAGCGCUUCAGAGCAUGAGGACCUCCCGAAUGAUGGCCCAGAAUGCAAGCAUGAUGGCAAUGGGGCCCUCCCAGAACCCUGGCACAAUGUCGACAGCAGCUGGUCAGUCCGAGAUGGGAAUGACUCCUUACAGCAAUACAUCUACCAGCCAACCAGGAAUGUAUAAUAUGAGCACAGGAAUGAGCCAAAUGUUGCAGCACCCAAACCAAAGUGGCAUGACCCUGGCACAUAGUGCAGGCCAAGGACCAAGGCAGCCCGCGUCCGCACAAGGGGUUGGAAUUGUCAGCAGUUUUGGUCAAAGUAUCCUGGUGAACUCUAUUCCCCAGCAACAUCAGCAGAUGAAAGGACCUGUGGGCCAAGUCCUGCCCAGGCCACAAGCCCCUAGACUUCAAAACAUGAUGGCAACUGUCCCUCAAGGAGCACAGAACUGGCAGCAGCGAGGCUUACAAGGUAUCCCUGGAAGGACUAGCAGUGAAAUUGGGUCAUUCAACAAUGGCACGGCGUAUCCAGUGCAGUCUGGGCAACCAAGGCUGCCCAAGCAACAUUUUCCACAGGGAAUUAACCAGUCAGUUGUGGACACUAGUGGAACAGUCAGAGCCCUAAAUCCAGCAAUGGGAAGACAAAUGCUGCAACAGCUCCCUGCACAACAAGGAACCAGCCAAGCAAGGACAAUGGUUAUGCCUGCAAUAAGUCAGGGGGUUCCCACUAUGCCUGGUUUCAAUCAGCCCCCUACACAACAGAUGCCAGGUGGGAAUUUUGCUCAGAGCAACCAAGGUCAGACCUAUGAGAGGAAUCCCACUCAGGACAUGUCUUACAAUUACAGUAAUGAAGGAGCUGGAGGUUCCUUUUCAAGUAUAGCAGAGGGUGCGGACCUUGUGGACUCCAUCAUUAAAGGUGGACCAGGUGAUGAGUGGAUGCAAGAACUUGACGAGUUGUUUGGAAACCCAUAGUGAAUGGGCUUGUAUAGUUUAAAACUCUGAUAGUUACAUUAAAAAAAGAAAACAGGAUGUACCCCCAUCCUUGUUUUUUGCUUUUUAAUCUGUGCAAACCGAGCUGACUUGCAGCCAACUGUGGAAGAGUCAGGUGGUGGUUAAAACAUCGACGUGUCGAUUUCACAAAACUUCCACAUAGCAAUCUCCACUGCACAGCAGUACUUGCUCUGUCUGUCUGUGAGAGAGAGGGGAGGGCAGGAAAAGCAGCUGCUCUCUGUCCAUGGGACGAGCUGGCGCGUUCUGUGCGGUGAGGCACUGUUGCGCAGCGAUGCGGUGUUCCCAGUCUCUCCCACUCUAUUUUACUGUAACCGCUGCAGCUUUCAGGACGUGUGAAGAGCUAGAUCCCUCGGCCGGGAACAAAACCUAAGGGAGUUGCCAGGUGAUUGCACAGCCCAUGUCCACAAGUCAGAAAUGUGCUGAACUCUGGGUGUAAGCAGAUCCCAGAUUUCAAAGUGUACCGCUCUCUUUGAUUUGAUACAGAACAAGGCCUAUGGAGCCUACUCUAGGCUAUUGUGCAAGAAUGUCCAGCACAUGUGAUUAGCCUAAACAAUCAUAGAGGGGUUACCAUUUUCACUGUAGAGAGAUAAAAAAGUUAAAAUAAAAGCUUAGCAGAACAUAAACUUGGCAAUACAAAGAGCAGGAUGGUUUGAGUACAGGACUGUUGGUGGAUAUGAGCGGGCAUACCCAAUGCUUAGGUGGGUGGGUUAACUUAAUGAGCUAUUAAUUCUCUUUUAGGCUCAUGUCUCUGCUUCUGUAUCUGGGCGCUUCGGCACAUCUGUGCUGCUUGGCAGUGUACUGUUGGCUAGCAGCUAAACAAGGUGUAAAAGGACUAAGCAGAGUGAACAGAUUACAGUAGAGUUCUGUGCAGUUUCAAUUCAAGUCCCCUUCUCUUCCUCCUUCCCCAAUAAUACUCAUGAUUUUUCCUUAACAAUGGGGAAAAAUAUGCACUGUAACACAAGGCCAUUGCACUUCACUUUUCUUCAGCCGAGCAGCAGCCCCCACAAACAGGGACAAUGAAGAAAGGAAGCAGUUGGAGAACAUUAAAAUGCACCACAAGAGUGUGGAACUCUGAAUGAGUUUCCCUUCUUCUCCUGAAUGCGCAAGAUUAGAGAUGUUGUUUGGGGCUGGGAUGCCCAUGCAGUUUAUUUAAUACUACAUGCAGCCUGCUUUUCUGUCUUAAAUAGAUGUUCAGUGUAAACUUCCUAGUGCCGGGAUAAAUUCGCUGGGGUAUCCAAACAGCAGGAAUCAAGAAAGGACUGGUUGUAAUGAUCAACCACGGAGGGGGCUCUCUACUGGUUAUCGCAAAUACAGGGUCUACCCAAACCAGCUUGCUAGGCAGUAGCAGUGACAUAUCUCUUGACAGGUUAAAUGCAGAUCUGUGCUGAACAUGUAACAAAACUGUGAUAUGUCUUUCAAAAUGGUGCUUUUAAAAUAAUAAAACCUGGCCCUUCAGAAUAUCUGAACCCAAUCUUUGUGAGCCAAAACAUUUGCUGAAGUGAAAAUUGUUUAAAUGAUCCAAACCUACCAAUCGACUUGUCUUCAUUUGCUUGGUUUAGGCCCCAUGGUAUGAAGCACUGACCCAUUGAAAUCUGUGGGAGCUGAGGAUGGGCACUCAGUACCUCACAGGUUCAAGCCCUUUGUUUCUGCAUGGAGCACAGGUCUGAGCAGGAGCAAGAAAUGGGAGUAAAAUGGACCCUUUAUCCCCUCAGGUUAUGUGUACACUGCAGCCAGGUGGUGUGAUUCCCAGCUGGGUAGACAGACUGGAGCUACUGUCCUAAAAAUUAGCAGCGUGGAUAUUGUGGCACUGGCAAUGGCUCCCCCCCGGGGUCUGAGCUUGGGUUAGUAGUCUGAGCCAUCACAACAGCCACACCUCUAUUUUAAUGCGCUACCUUGAGCUGAGCUCAUGCAAGUCUGUGUGCUGGGAAUCGCACCUCCAGCUGCAGUGUAGACAUAGCAUCAGGUAACUCAGUGCCCUGCUGCUUGUUCACUCUUGUGUGGUAACCCUUUGCUGGGCUUGUCUAGACUAGGACAAUGGGUGUAGACAGGGCAAGCUGUAUGUUAACAUGGGUUAGCUGGUUACGGUAAUUCCCAAACAAUCUGUUAAAAUACAGCGUGUCCCGGCUACACCAGAGUUUUAAAAUGCAUUAGUUAAAAUGUUUUACCCAACACAUUUUAAUAAUACACUUGAAGGGGCUGAUCAGUAUCCGUUGAAGUCCAUGGGAUUUGGUCUUUCCACUGAUUUCAGGGGACGUCAGGGUGGGCCCUAAUACUGUAAAAGUGAGCACCAACUGAAGAUUUCAACCACAAGCAUUUUAUAGCUAGUAGGAUCUUAGUCAUACUAGCAUAAAGGGCGGUAGAUGAAGGGCUAGAACUGGCACUGGUGUGCUAUGUGUAAAUGUUAUCGGAGUGGGUAGGGUACAUGCUUGUCCUGCACUGUGUCAGACAGUUGCACCAUGCUAACCAAGGGUCACAUACAGCAGUGAGGACGCCAAGCAUGGUGGGGAUGGAGUGGCUGGUCUGCAUCAUUAUUUCCUGGCCUCGGUGACAAAGGAUACCCUGUCAACUAUGGAUACAUCUACACAGCAAAAAAAACCCCUUAUGGUGCUGAGUCUCAGUGCAUGGGUCAACUGACUUGAGCUCGCCGGACUCGAGCGGUGGGGCUGAAAAUAGCCUUGUACGUGUUUUGGCUUGGGCUGGAGCCCGGGCUCCAGGACCCUCUUCCUUGCUAGGCUUCUGAGUCCAUGCUGCAGCCCAAGCCAGAACAUCUCCACGGCUAUAUUCUGCCCCGCAGCAUGAGCCCUGUGAGCCUGAGUCAGUUGACCCAGGCUCUGAUUUUGCUUUGAAGAUGUAUCCUCAGAGAGGCAAACUGGGAAAUUAGAUUUAGAAACACACACACACACACGCACUGAAAAGUGACGUAAUGGAAAUUCACUUUUAUUGGAAGGGUACAGGAAUUAGCGCGUAUAUGGUGACAGGAAGUUUGCUGAUGAGGACUGAGUCGCUGUUGUCUUUGUAAAGCUUCCUCCAAAUACUCCAUACUGGGACCAAGUAAUAGAGAGGUAGAUUUUAAUAGGUUUGGUUUUUUUCUUACUAUGGUGCUGAUGUAUAUGUAAUGUUUAAAAAAAAAAGGUUAUUUGUAAAUAGGUUUUUACAAUUCUGCAGAUAUCACUGGGUCUACUAUCUGUAAAAUAUAUACAUAUAAAUAUAUAUAUACUGUUUGUUUAAAAUAGAGUAUUUUUAUUUCAUUCCUUAACUCAUCCUCACUGCAGUGGUAUUGCACUUCAGAUGACAUCUAAUUACUAAUUUGUACUGUAUCCCUGACAGCAACUUGCUCCAUUUUAUUCAGAUUUUUCUAGUGUUCUGUUUUUACUUUGUACAUUAAGCAUUGCUUAUUUCCUUUUGAGACCUGUACAGAGCUCUGAAAAUGUAGAAAUGACCUGAUGUUAACAUACCACUUUUAAAGAAAAA